UAUAGCCUUUGGUGAGUAGAGCAGCGUCCGAUAUACGAAAAGUAUGACAACUACAAUCUCUACAUUUGUCACUGACAUGGCCAACAGUACAACAAACGACACAUCCGAUGAUGCCAACGUAUCUGAUAGCACUUUGACCGAGGCGCCAUACAACAUGUGGGCAGAUCCUGAUAAUUAUGUUGAACAUCGUAUCGCUGUAGCACUUUGGAAGUAUCUGUGCCCAGUAGUGAUCCUAAUUGGUGUUGUGGGAAGUGUAUUGACAAUCAUGGUGAUGCAAGGGACUGGAAUGAAGCGGACUACACCCAGUGUUUACCUUACUUUCCUAGCCACUGCCGAUGCCCUCACACUUCUGACCGGAGCUCUCAGACACUGGAUUAACUACAGUUGGGAGAUUGACAUCAGAGAUCUGAUGGCCUGGAUAUGUAAAACACAUCACUUUGUUCUUUACUUGUGCAUUCAUCUAUCCGGCUGGUUGCUGGUCGCCGUCAGUAUUGACAGGGUCAUUACGGUAUAUUUACCAUUGCAGGCGCGGUUCAUCAGCACCAAACGCAAUGCCCUUAUCAUAUCCACCACUAUGGUCAUCAUUCUCGGAGCCAUUAACUCACAUUGGUUUCUUACUUACUCAGUCUCAUUCAACUAUGGUGAAUUGUAUUGCCAAUUUCAACCCAUUUUCGAGGAUUCUUUUGAUUUACGAGUAUGGAUGUGGGUUGACCUUGCACUUUCGUCCGCACUGCCGUUCUUGAUUCUAAUUGUGUCAAAUAUCAUGAUAUCAGUGCAGCUGGCAAGAGUAUCUAAGCAACGGAACGAGAUGGGAAGCGGUGGGAACGACAAUUCACGCUCGAUGACGGUAAUGCUCCUUAGUAUUAGCGUCGUGUUCGUCUGCCUAACACUCCCGAUGGCCGUUUACCUCACAACGCAAAGUUUCUCUUAUGAAUACGAAAACUCACAAGCGAUAUGGAGGGAUGAGAUGACAUAUGCGAUUGUAAGUAAUAUCGCAUAUAUCAAUAACGCUAUUAACUUUUUCUUAUAUUGCGUUUCGGGAAGUAAGUUUCGUGGAGAACUUGCCAAACUGUGUGGUAAAAAGAAAUCGCGAAAGGCAAAUAACCAGAGCAUGUCGGUGACAAGGAUGACAGGCGUCUCGGAGUCAAGGCAAUCGGUGAAAACGGUGACCUCUGAAUUGCAGAAAUAGAAAGGAUGAAAAGACUCAACUUCAAUUUUAGUUGGAUGGCAUCUAAAUAGAUAUAACUUUGCCGUCAUUAAAACACGGAAACCCCAAAGCAUUUCUGGCAUUUUCACCUUGUUUGAAAUGUACAUGUAUGGUUAUAUGUUUUAUACGGGUAUACCUUGUGUAAUAUGUGUAAGAGUGAGGUGUGUAUUUGUAUACAUAUUUAGUUUAUUCACAUCGAUGUCACAAUGUUUAGACCUCCAUUUUAUAGUAUCUUGCUUAGUGUCAUUACUCCGUACAUUUUCAGAAGUCAUUGGCGUAGGCAAGCAUGAGUCAGUCGAGGAAAAUGUAUUACCAACAUUACAGACACACAAAUAAAUAAGGGUUAUCUACUGGAAGGUUUUCUAAAAGCCCAUCGUUUAUCCAGAGGGAGAUAUGCAUAUCUACCUGAUUUUAAUUUAAUACAUUUAAUACUGUAGAAUGAAGUCCAAAGGUAUACCUCCUUGGCCUCGCCUGAUAUAGAUCCUGUAUCUAAACUAAGUGAGGCAACAGUCUAAAGGAAAUUGUACCUUUGAAUUUCAUUUUAGUAGAACAAAGCGUGGGAAAAAAUAUUUCUGAAAAAUGAUGGUACGCCCAUACCAGAUUUUAUUUGUGGUAUUAAAAUAUUCUAAUAUCCAACAAAAAGGCGUAAAUCGGUAUGAUAAGUGCGUCUAAUGGACUCAUUCAAUUGUUGGACCAAAGAUCGCCAACAACAUAUAUUGUAUAAAUAUUGGACAGUAGCACAUAUGUCUGUUUAUUUUAUGUCGACUUGAAUUAAUUUUAAAUGAGUAUUGGUUUUUGUCUCAUCAACACUCAAAUAUAGGCCUAUAUAACGGAACCGUCGUAGACAAAUGUUCUCGCAACCAUACUUUCAAACACAAUUACAGACUCAAUACUUUCAAGAUAAAAUACUUUCAAUACAAAAAAAACAUUACAAAUAAUCCACCCCUCUGUAAAGCUGACUACAGGU